UAUUUAGUUUAGGUUAUUUGGUCGCACUAAAAUCGGGUAAAAAGGAACACAAUAUUUGGCGGCUAAAACACAUCGAUUUGCGCCAUGACAGAAAGGGGAAGAGAAACUGCGGAGGCUCCACUGACGCCUAACAAUUUGCUGAAAGGAGCAUCGGAUAUCCCAGAUCUCCCCAAGGAUGAUGGACAGGAGCCCGUGAGAUCCGCUACUAGGAAGCAGUGGCGCAUAGCAAGGAUGAUGCGCGAUCGCUUCUGGAAGCGUUGGGUGCAUGAGUACCUGCCAACUCUUGUGCGCAGGGAGAAAUGGUGCAAGCGCGUCGAGCCUAUCCGUCGAGGAGACCUUGUAUUCAUCUGCGAUCCAGCCAUACCACGAAGGGAAUGGAAACGAGGCGUAGUGGAAGAGGUGUUCACCGGGAAGGAUGGAGUACCUCGUCGAGCAGCGGUGCGGACUACCGAUCGAGCCAAGACUAUGCGUCCCGCUUCGAAGCUAGCUGUCCUGGACGUGGUGAAUGCGGCUGCUUCACGGCGGUGGGGAUGUCGCGGAACGGAUUAGGCUAUCGAUAGUCAGGAUUUUUAUGAAGUCAGUAUUUUUAUGAAGUCUAGUUGUUUAGGUUAUUUGGUCGCACUAAAAUCGGGUAAAAAGGAACACAAUAUUUGGCGGCUAAAACAGAUCGAUUUGCGCCAUGACAGAAAGGGGAAGAGAAACUGCGGUAUGUAGGAGAAGUAAUUAUGUAUCAGGUUAAGAACAAUUGUCUUUAAAUUAAAACGCUCGUUACACACCACAUCACUUCAACAAC